ACAAAGUCUUGAAGGUUAUGAAAUUUCUUUCAUUUGUUUUUCUGUAGUUUUAUCGGUGUAAAAGUAUCCCAAAAACCUGAUCGCAAAAUGGGUUUUAUGAUAGGACGUGCACCCAUUCGACGGACUAUAAAGUAUCUUAGCGCCGGCAGGCUAGCACUUAAAGAUAAUGUGAAAAUUUUUGCGGUAAACUACAAUACUUUCGGAGGUGAUCAUCAUGCUGGUGCUAGAGAUUAUGUGUUCUGGAAAAUACCGCAAGUUCAAUACAGAAAUCCUAACGUUCAAGUGGUGACAUUGAAGAACAUGACCCCAUCUCCAUUCAUCCGAUGCUACUUUGCGAACGGUGAAGAUAUUCUCAUUGACAUAGACAGCAAAACGAAAGAGGAAAUUGAAAAUCAUUUGAUCGCAGUUGUGGGGAAAUCUGAUGACUUACUAUCCGCUGAGGCAAAACUAGCCGAAAAGAAAGAUAAUCCAGCGAACAUCGGUGUGGGCUGCGAUCGACAUUGCAUCUGUGAGCUGCCCGGUCAAGUUCCUUGUCCUGGAACCGUUCCAUUGCCGAAACAUAUGCGCAGAAAGUAUACCAAUAAGGAGAUUUAGUCAUAAGACGUGUUUGUUAGAUGUACAAUGGUCACUGAAACCGAAUAAAUGGGAAGUGAAAUUUG